AUGUCUCAACUCACUCCUAUACCAGGGUUCAUAAAUACAUCAGUAACGCGUUCCAUUUGCGUGUUUUCAACAAUCAUAGUUUUGAGUAUUUCAGUAUUAGAAACCAAACAUUAUGUUCGGUUAAUCAUAGAUCCAUAUAUAAUAGAGUAUAUGCAAUAUUGGCGGAUAGCUGCUUACCAAUUAUCAGUCAUAAAUGAAUCCGAUUAUCUAUUGACUAUACUAUUGUGGCUUCAAUUUAAAGUACUAGAGCGAUUCUUUGGAUCCAAGAAAUAUUUCUCCAUCGUGGUUAUGUUUGCCAUCUACAACGCCCUUGUCUGUUUCUUGAUCAUGACAAUUGGUCAAUUGGUCAUCUAUUACAUAAUGUAUUACUUUAAAGCAUUGAUUUCCCAUUCAGACCCGAGUGAUAUUCACUAUACUACAACUAUUUUGAAUGAGGUAGCUUCAGGGGCACUAGGAAUAUUGUCUUCCUUGUACAUCUGUUAUGUGACAUAUAUUCCCGUUUCCUAUCGAUUUUCAAUUUUAUUGACAAAGCCAAGAGUGCUUCAAGAUCAGCAACUACAAACGGGUGAGAAUAGGUCAACGAGCAAGGAACUUAUUUUAUCAAAUAGAUUUCCAGUACACGUUCUUUAUUGUUUGUUAUUUUUGAAUAACGGGUUUCAAUCGAUAAUAGCAUGUUCGGUGGGGUUAGUUGUCGGACGUUUGUAUACGUAUGAUCUCCUUCCUGGGUGUAAAUCUUGGUCAGCUCCAACGUUCCUUUUCAAACUUUUCGUGAAUCCAGUCAAGAAGAUUAAUAGUAUACUGAAUGCAAUAAUCAGAAGAGUCUCGGGAAAUUAUCAACCUCUCAAUGCUACUUCUAAUAUACAAGUUACUACAGUUCAAGAAAGAGGGGAAGAGCGAGCCACUGAAGAGCCAGAGGAUGCUGAUGAUGUUUUGGAUGAGGCUCAACAACGUGAAAAUCAAAUCAGGGCCGAGAAUCCAGUACGGCCACUAGGUAGACAAUUCCUUGAUACUUUUAGAACAUAG